GAUAUUUCCAUAGGGACUGGAGAGGUGGCCGGUGCAGUCCGCGCGCGCAGGUGUUGCUCCAUCAGCUGGACUUCAGAGGCGAGUCAAGCGGUCAGAGGAAGACAUGAAGACAGCUCUGCUUAUCGGGAUCUGCCUGGUUAUGCACACUGAUUGCACCACGAUAUCGACAAGCUGCUUUUCACUGAUUCAGCCUUGUAUUUCACAAGACCUGUGCAGAAGCAAAGAGACUCUUCUGAGAAAUGUUUGUGUUUCUGAAGAGAGCAGCUGUCAAAUGCAAAGUACUGAAGGCUGUAACGUGACCAUUCAGGCAAUAUUAGCUCACUCACGAGAGUGUGUGUGCACUGAUGAAAAUCCAUGCAGCAUUCUACAACUCCUGGCUUCCUUAUGCCGUUCCUUCUUAGAUUUUGAACCCUUGCCUGCACCUGACAAAUCAAGACUGGCAACUCAACAGUUAAGCAGUCACACCAAUACUCUUCAUCCUCACUCAGAUCAUCACCUACCCUUUCCAGUUCAUGAGAACAACCUAAAAGACGAAAGGAAACAAAUUAGAUUAUUAACAUCUGACUUAGUUCCAGCUCCAGACAUUUCCUGCGUACAGGGAAUGACGCUGUGCAUCCAGGAUGAAGUGUGUAAUCGGCAGCUGGUGCCGUUUGUCCAGUCCUGUUCUGCACCUCACUGUGAGGAGAGGCUUUGCAGGCUGGCAGCAAAACAAUUUUAUUCAAGCCUACCCGAAAACAUGGCUGAGAUGCUGGUAUUCUGUCCGUGUGAGCAAGAUGACCAUGACUGCCAAAAUUUUCAGACCAUGCUCAAUUCCAACUCCUGCAAACAAGACCACACAUCACAAUGGAACUGCCUGGAGAUGCUGGACAACUGCACUGGAGAGAGAAUUUGCAGGCAGACGUUCGAGGCAUUCUUGUCCAAAUGUUUUGGCUCUGAGGAUGUUUCACUUAGUGGAUAUUCAACAAUAGAACUGCUGCAUGUCAUAGACCUCAACUUUUUUGUCAGUGGAAACAAAGAGUGCAGGCUGGCCUUUGUAGCUACAAUGGGAUCUGUGCUUCAGAGCCUAUGCACCUGUCAUGGACUGGAUCAUCACAGUCUUUACAGGUGCAAUGUGCUGCAACAAGCCAUUCAUAACAGAUCCUAUUUCAGACCACAAGGAACUAAGCAAAAUAUCUCCUCUACAAAGUCUAAAGACAAAUCACAUCAAGAGCAUUCAUGGCUAAAUGAUCAAUUUUUGUACAUCGUGGUAUCCAUUUGUGUGCUGGUGGUGAUGAUCAUUGCAGUUGCCAUCGCCAUUGUUGCACAUAAACUGGGGAAAAAGCAUAGCUUGUCCAAAAAACCAGAUUCAAGAUACAAACCCCCAGAAGAUUCCACAAAAUCACUCGACCUGUAACUUUGCGGAUGACACAUAACUCAUGAAUGUUUGCACAAUGCAUAUAAGGUAUACGUGCUUUUUAUGUGAUAGCCAAUGUUUGUACAAGCUCAGAUUAUUUUAUAGUGUAUAUAAUAACCUUUAUCAAAUGGAGAUUUAAUUAUUGAUGUAGAUAAACACCAUUGUAUGUAUAUUGCACAACAGAGAUUUAACAUUUUAUGUAAUCUAUUUAAAUGCUCUUUACAUAUACAAUAUUAAUUAUUAAUGCUCACAGCAGUAAAAUAUAACUAUCUGUAAAUGGCCUGAAAGACAUUUAUUUCUACAUUUGUAAUCUAACUUAACUGUGGACAAAACAUUAUUACAGGUUAAGUUUAAUUAGAACUUUAAGAUGAAAAAAAGUUAUAACUGAUUAUAAGCAUCCAUACCACCUGAGGUAAAAGCAUGUCACAGCACUGAAACACUCUUCACUGGAAAGUACUGGAAGAAAAAAAAGUUUGUUUGUUUGUUUUUUGAUGUUUUCCAGAGUUCAGACACAGAAUUAUCUGACUCCCCUAUCUGGUUUCCCUAGGUCACCUCACAUGACCGUU